UCCAAAACAACAAAUAAAUUUUCCGGGAAAACGAGAGAAACCAGUCCGAGAAAAUUCUCUCGGCCUUGUUCCUUUCCUCCACCGACAAGCGUCACCUCCCCUCCGGCGGAUCAGACCAUUCUCUCUCUCUCUCUCUCUCUCUCUCUCUCUCUCUCUCUCUCCAUCUCAUCUUUAACAAAGGUGGCUUUGGGAGUCAUUUUCAAUCCAUUUCGUUUGGACGAUUUGCUUGGAGGCAUAUCCAAGAGAAACAGUUGCUGCUUCUGCGGUUCCCGUGACCAGGAUAUGUUGUUAUACUCUGCUGAAUCUUCCCAUUUGGUAAUUGAUGUGGCCUUUAUGUUUUCUGCUUAACAAGCUUCUCAAAGUUGAAGAUGGAGAUCGAGGGCAAUCAGAUGGAGGCCGAGUAAAAUACUGCCAAUGUGAUGACCCCUUGGUGAAUGAUGGGAAAUACCAAGAUGAAGGGUCACCAUCCUCUUCUUACAUAGAAGUGCCACAUAUACACCAGUUAGCUUCAUGGGAUUGUGGUCUUGCUUGCGUUUUGAUGGUUUUGAGAACAGUUGGAAUCACAAACUGCAAUAUUCAGGAUUUGGCCAAGCUGUGCUCCACAAAUAGCAUCUGGACUGUCGAUCUGGCAUAUUUGUUGUGGAGGUUUCAUGUUGAAUUUUCCUAUUUCACGGUGACAUUUGGAGCAAAUCCAAACUACUCCAUAGAGGCAUUUUACAAGGAACAGCUGCCUGCGGAUGUGGUACGAGUUGAUUCGCUAUUCGGGAAAGCACAUGAAGUUGGAAUCAAUAUACAGUGCAGAUCCGUUAGUAUCCAUGAAAUUUCUGGUUUGAUAUUGUCGGGGAAAUUCAUUGCCAUUGCAUUAGUCGAUCAAUACAAGCUAAGCAAGUCUUGGCUGGAGGAAGUUAUUGUCUCUGGCAUUCAUUCCGACAGUUCCAGCUACACUGGUCACUAUGUCGUGAUAUGUGGUUAUGACACUGAUAAAGAUGAGUUCGAGAUCAGAGAUCCCGCAAGUUCUAAGAAACAAGAGAGGAUCUCAGCAAAAUGCCUGGAAAAUGCCCGGAAAUCGUUUGGCACGGAUGAAGAUCUCCUUCUGAUAUCAAUGGAGACCAUCAAGAAACAGAAAGAACACUAAAAAAAUGGUUUUCUCCAUGUUACCAUGGUAGCUUUCCCGCGACGAUGAGCAUGAAGAUCAAAAUAUGAGAAUGUGUUGUCCAUACAUACGUGCAUAUACAUGAACUCGGUGUAGGGUGAAUCAUUGUUCUUGUGCAAAUCCAUUCUCGUUGCAUAUUAUUUAUCAAAACCAGAGAGAGAGAUGUACUUUGUGAUC